AAAUACGCGUUUUGGUCUUAAUUUAAGGUUGGACCAUUAGAUCAGCAGUGUGGUUCGGUUUAAAAUCCGUUUAUAAGAAGAUGAAUUGUAGAAAUAUCCGGGCAAGCUUGCUAGCCCCAAAAUGUGUACAACUUCAAAGUUGCUCAACUGUUGCACAGGGGAUCAACUACUGCAUUUGAAGACACUGCCACCUGCUGACAUGUGCCUCAAAUGUGAUUAUCAAAGAGUCCUCAACAGCCAUUUGAGGUAGAUAGCUACAUAGAUUUGAUUUGACAGUUAUAAAUUACACCCAGGGGGAAGAUACCACCAGUCCGGUCCCUUACACGCCUUUCUUGUGACGUGUUAUGCGCGGCCAUAAAACGGUGACCUAUUGUGACGUAACCAAGCAUCAAUACGCUACAUGAACUGUGUUCAGUUUUGAUAUCAACAGUACAAUCUCUUUCUUCAAUCAGCUUGUUUCAGCUAAUCUUUUGCCGCAUAGUCUGCCCUAGCUGACGCUGUGCAGAGAAUACUACGAUUGGAAACGGUUGGUUAGACCCGUUCGCACUGCACAAGAAAACAAGAUGGAUCGUAGUGAUGAGAGAAUCAAAAGAGCUUUAAGGCGCCGCCCUUAUGUGUUGAAUCCAGUGAGGGUGAACUCCCCUGAUUCUGUGAUGUGGCCAACCGGUAAGGUGCACAGAAGACCAAGGCCUUCUACUUCAGCGCAGACCCCUCAGAUCCACAAAAGGCCUCCAAUCAUUGAGAACUGUGGGCAGGAACAGACAUCUGGGGAUGGACGGGACAUGAAUCCAGAGCCUCUCAGCCAGUCUGGAAGGGUGACUCGGCUGAUGGAGAGAAAUUAUGAUGGGGUGAUCUCAUCCUCCAACUCUGAUGACAUCUCUAUCUACUCCUUCACUGACUGUGAAUCUGAGUCUGAUGAGGAUCAUGAAAGGAGGACACCACCGCUGAUAGUGAAGGAUAAGGAGGAUGGAAAGGUGACAAAGUUUGAAGUGAGGGAAAUGGUAGAGGACGACAAUCUGUCUCUCCACUCCUUGGAUGAUUCAGACUUUCUGAUUAUUGUGGCCAAGCCCAACAUCCUUCUCCCUCCCUCUGUGAGUGCCCUGAAGAAGGCAUCACGCCUGAUGGAGUUGGUCCCUACUGUCCGGCCCUGCAGGGAGCAGCUGGACAAGAAGACACAGUGGACCAACACCAACGAGGAGAGCCUGAGGAGGAUUAAAAAAAAACUGGCCUCCAUAGAGCUCGACCUGGAGGAAGGCCUGAACAAGGUCAACGACGGUCAGGACAUCAACCAAGAGAGGCAGAAGAAUGAGGGAUGCUUCAGAGCCUGGAUUGAGAAGUGGAUGGGGAGGAGGAAGGAGGAAAGACUGAGGGAUGAAGAUGUGAAUAGGGAAGACAAAGGGAGGAUGGGCGAGGAAGUGAGGGCACUGAUCCAAGUGAUGAAGAGAAACUGCAGUGAAAGUGAUCUUGAGGCAGUAAACCUGGACAGUUGGCUGAAUGACUUGGAAAGGUUGAAAGUGGCCUUCAAGAAAUGCACUGGAGAGAUGGCCGAAAUGAGCCCAGGGAAAGUCUCUGGUCCUGUGUCUGGCCUCUCUCCUCUUGUGACCUCAGCACCCCGGACCCUGGCUGAAGCCCUACAAGCCCUGCCCUCUGCUGUGGCCCGUCCCUCCCAAAAGGAUGUCCCAAAGCCUCCGACACCUCUAAGCCCUGUCUCUGUCAUUGUUGCUUCGCCUGCUGUGGAGUACUUACCAUACCACCGCAGCCCUCGCCUGGCCCCAAUCACCAACCUGAGUGAGAACGGCAGGAAGCUGCUCCAGAAAAUGUCAGGAGGGACGCCACAGGAAAGGAAGGUCAAAAGGAAAAAGACCAAGGGAAAAAAGCAAGUGAAGAAAGAGAAGGCCAGUAAGAUGCAGCAGGUGGAAAAUGUUGGAGAAAGUAAGGAGGACAAGAAAGAGGAAAAGACGAGUCUGAGGAAGAGGUUUCUCCAGUGGCUGCUGCCCAAACUGAGAUGUUCGAAGAAAUAAUGGCCAACUACUACUACAGCACACACACAUACUAUUGAUAUUGGUCUCAUUGUUAUAUUUUGAGACAUGCACCAUUCUUAAAAAA